AUGUUGGUGACUAAAGCUUGGACAUUGGCCCUGAGUCUCCUCGUCGUCGCAUUGGCUACCACUACGGCGCACGAGGUGAGCCAUCAAAACGAAACAUCUGAACAUGGAUCGGUAACCCGUCUCCGGUCGGCUGCUUCUCCGGAGGUCGAAGGCGUUCUGAAGCACUACCCGUUCAGUAGUACCGCUUUGGACACAAAUCUCAUGGAUUCUCUCCAAGAUAAAGUCCACGAAGCCCUCGCUGGCACCGGCCUUCCGAACAGCGUAGCUCCCGGUGAACUUGAUAUUGCCAAGACAACCCCCAACUUUGGGGCCAAGUGCAAUUCUCUGCUUAAAUUGUUCCACCGGAACGAAGAGAAGGGAGAAUAUACUAUCCACAAGAGUGCUACAUGGAGGGAUGUCUGCCGAGCUGAAGGAUCCACGCGCUAUCUGAAGGUAUCAGAGGUUGAAUCAAAGCUUGGAAAGGCUGUGGCUGACCAUGUGUUUGAAGAUCUUGUCAUGUGUACUUCCAACAUCGACAGGGAUUAUCUAACUUUUUUUACCGCGGACAGUGCCGCCCGCGUCCCAACUGCAGUCAAUCCCGAUGCUCUGGACAAACACGGAAAGCUCAUGAAUGUCCAGAAGCCCUAG